GACCGAAGAAGUAAACGUAGGCUAAGUGUUCCAGAACGGUUGCUGAUCAAACCGAUCACUGCAAACGCCAUGUUCUUCGGAUCAUGUUGUCAGAUGCCCAGCGUGGGCUUUGUUGUCUUCAUCUACGGGGUGGCCAAUUUCCUGGCAUUGGUCGGCGAGACUACGUACAGUCUAGCAACCAUUUCAGAAAUCCCAAAAUCUGACCACUAUCCGGAGUACUUCAGGGCUGUUAUCAACGGCACCGUGCGCGUGAUCACGAUGUCGAUGUGCACCUGGUGGAUCCUGUCAGCCAACCAGGCUCGGACCAGAGGCAUGAAGGUUGCCUUCGCGUGGAUUCUUAUCCGCGCUGUAGGCAACGUGGUGUACGUGUACGGAUGCGUACUCUACGAGACAGUCAUCAUGCCCGAGAACUUGAUGUCCUUCCUGGGUGCAGCAGAUACGUUUUCACACAGUACAAGAAUAGCCAGCGCGACAGCCUGGCUCCUUGGUGAGGCGUUCGUGCUGUCUAGGAUGCACGCGUUCUACUGCCUGUCAACGGCACCGGAUCACUGGCGGGCCCAUGAGAAGAAACAGGCAGCGCCUGCCGUUGUGCACGCCCAAUGAUCCCCUCCCGCCUUCCCGCCCUUCCAUCUCCGACUCCCGUCUUCCCGCGGGGGCAUUGUUUCUAGACAUUGUUCAAUAAACUCAAGCAUGUCUGUGAUAUC